AUGCUGAAGUGUCAGAAACCGAAGCCCAGCAAAGCGGCUCCUCCCAGUAGGAACAGCGUGAACUCGACCCUCGCAGAUUCCACCCUGGUCUCCAACGAUGCCUACUGGUACAGUCUAUUUCUAGCAGAGACCAGGAAAGGAAAGCUGGUGGUCAGACAGCCUGUGCCAAAGGCGGGCUCCAGAUACAUCGUGUCCAGUAUACCAAGGAGCACGGGCCUGACAGAGACCAGCGACUCAGCAGCCUCUACUCUGCAGGUAAUAAUGACCAACACCUCCGCAUGA